AUUAUGAACACAAAAACUGCUAUAUUCUUAAUACUAUAAUAAUCCUGCAUAUAUAUAUAUAUAUAUUGGUGAGCUCGACUCGUUUAGUAAUAGUAAUAGAUGGAUAUGAUUUGGAUGUAUAUAUAACACAUGCAAUUAUAUAAGGUGGGGUGACGUCGAUGGAGGCGUUCCUGAAGAGGUUCUUCCCGGACGUGUACGGGAAGAUGAGGGGCGACACCGAGAUCAGCAACUACUGCAAGUUCGACAGCCAGCUCCUCACCGUGUUCACCUCGUCGCUCUACGUCGCCGGCCUCGUCUCCACUCUCGUCGCGUCCUCCGUCUCCAGCCGCUUCGGCCGCCGCACGUCCAUGCUCGUCGGCGGCGCCGUGUUCGUCGCGGGAUCCGCCAUCGGCGGGGCCGCUCUCAACGUCUACAUGCUCAUCCUCGGCCGCGUCCUCCUCGGCGUCGGCCUCGGAUUCACCAACCAGUCGAUUCCACUAUACCUGUCGGAAAUGGCUCCACCGCAAUACCGAGGAGCAUUCAGCAACGCGUUCGAACUCUGCAUCAGCCUCGGGAUCCUCAUCGCAAACCUGGUCAACUACGGAGUCCAAAGAAUUGAGGGAGGAUGGGGUUGGCGAAUAUCCUUAUCCUUAGCCGCAGUUCCCGCUUCGUUUCUAGCAUUCGGCGCCCUCUUCCUCCCCGAGACGCCCAGCAACGUACUCCAAUGCAGCGCCGACCACAACCAGGCUAAGGUGCUUCUCCAAAGGCUCCGAGGCACUUCCAACGUGCAGAAAGAGCUCGACGAUUUGAUCUCCGCGAGCGCGGUUUCGAGAACCAUCCGCCACCCGUUCCGGAACAUAACCAAAAGGAAGUACAGGCCCCAGCUUGUCAUGGCAAUCCUAAUCCCCUUUUUUAACCAGAUCACCGGAAUCAACGUCAUCAACUUCUACGCGCCUGUCAUGUUUCGGACCAUCGGGCUAAAGGAGAGCACCUCGCUCAUGUCGACGGUGGUGACGAGAAUUUUCGCGACGACCAGCAACGUCAUCGCGAUAGUCGCGGUCGACAGAUUGGGCCGACGGGUAUUGUUCAUCGUGGGAGGGAUUCAGAUGAUAAUCUCGCAGUUCACCAUCGGCGUGAUCUUGGCGAAGCAACUCAAAGACCACGGAGGAAUGGAAAAGGACUACGCGUACUUGGUGUUGACCUUCAUGUGCAUCUUCGUCACCGGAUUCGGGUGGUCGUGGGGGCCGUUAACGUACUUGGUCCCGACGGAGAUCUCGCCGCUGGAGAUCAGGUCGGCGGGGCAGAGCAUCGUGGUGGCGGUGAUGUUUAUGGUGACGUUCGUGAUAGGCCAAACAUUCCUGGCCAUGCUGUGCCAUCUCAAGUACGGGACCUUCCUUCUAUUCGGGGGGUGGGUGUGUGUGAUGACGGUGUUCGUGUAUUUCCUGUUGCCGGAGACGAAGAAGAUACCGAUGGAGCAGAUGGAGCAGGUGUGGAGGCGGCAUUGGUUCUGGAAGAGGGUUGUCGGGGAGGAAGGAGUGGAGGUGCGAACGGUGGAGGCCGCGAAUUUGUCGAACCCGAACACGAACCCGAACCCAAACUAGUGAGAAGGGGUGGGUGGUGUUUGUGUUUGAGCUGCAAACAAUGGAGCACUCCUUUUAGCUGUAUCUUUCAAAUUUGCUGCAUCAUGUAAGCUUCAGAUAGUUGCUGCUACCAAUGUUUGCGCAUCAUGAACAAGCAUGUAAGAUAAGUAAAUCAAAUUGGCAACAAAAGGCAAAAUAAUUCUGCGCUCAGGGAAUUGAACGGAA